AUGAUCCAGCAGCACGCACCCAGCUGGGGCCUGUCUAGGGUCUCGCAGCGCAAACUGCCGCUAGUCACUGACUACAACUACCCGACCUCAGCGGGCACGGGCGUGGAUGUCUACGUGAUCGACACGGGCAUCAACAUCAACCACGUUGAUUUCGAGGGCCGUGCGCGCUGGGGCACGAACACCGUCCCGGGGGCGCCCAACACCGACGACAACGGCCACGGCACCUUCGUCGCAGGCGUGAUCGGUUCCCGAACCUUCGGCGUCGCCAAGAAGGUGAACCUCAUCGCCGUCAAGGGUCUCAACCGUGAGGGCACCAGCACCCUCUCCCAGAUCCUCGCGGCACUGGACUGGGUCAUCAAACAGAACGCCCAAUCCCCAAACCAUCGAAACGUCGUCAACCUCUCCCUUGGAGCAGGUUAUUCCAAGGUCUUGAACUCUGCCGUCGAUACCUUGGUCCAGUCCGGGAUGUUUAUUAUCGCGGCCGCCGGGAACGGGAAUGAGAAGAACAUAGGCCAGAACGCAUGCAAUUAUUCUCCGGCCUCGACUCCGACGGCCUUCACGGUCGGGUCGACGAAUAUUAAUGACCAGAUGUCGUCAUUUUCGAAUUACGGAUCCUGCGUGAAUAUCUACGCGCCCGGUGAGCGUGUUCGAUCGACCUGGAUCGGACCCACGAACAGAGAAGUCUAUACCGAUAGCGGCACCUCCUUCUCAGCCCCAAACGUCGCGGGCAUUGCGGCGUUGAUCAUGGCCGCCGAGCGUGGCGAUCGUGCCGAUGGCUCGUGGUCACCCAGAAAUAUUGGGAACAAGAUCUUGCAGCUCGGUACCAGGAAUGUCGUCAGGAAUUUUAAGGGCCCUUCGAGCACGAACCUCCUGGCCUUCAAUGGUGCCGGUGUCAUCGGCCUUGGCAAUAGUAGUAAUAAUAAUAAUAAUAGCAACAACAACAACAACAACAACAACAACAACAACAACAACAACAACAACGACAACAACAACGACAGCAGCAGCAGCAGCAACAACAACAAUGACAACAAUAGCAACAGCAAUAAUAAUAACAACAACAAUGGCUCAAAUGGUGGAGACGAUGGAGACGGCGAAAACAACAACAAUGGUAACGAUGGUACCAACGACAACUUGACUCACCCGGGUCAGGUCAAUGGCUCGCCUUCUAUCAGUAGCUUCUCCAACCAUGGACCCAGUCUGAAUGUUGUCCAGGUCUUGACCGUACUCUCGACCGUCGGUGCCACCAUCGCCGUUUUUUUCUCUUCAUUCUAG